GGCGGAGUCCGGAGUCCCGGCGUUCUGGCAGCACCAGAGUCCUGCAGCAGAGACAGGCUGGGCUGGCACUCACCCACGACCCCCCUUCCCUCCUAUGAUGGUCCGUCAGUAGCAGGUCCUAGACCCCCCGGGGGCACGUGGGCAGAGCUAGCAGCAGGCAGGUGCGCGGAACCACUAGAGCUCUAGGGCACUCUGGGGGCAGCUCUGCCUGCUGCCCUCUCUGGUGCCUGUGGAGAUGCCUAACUGACAGGAGAGUUAGUGAGGACAAGAACGCUCCCUUUUGGCCCAGAUCUGCUGUAUCCAUGGCUCUGCUGGCCAACCUGCUGCCCCUGUGCUGCUUGGCACUUCUGGCGCUGCCGGCCCAGAGCUGCGGGCCGGGCCGGGGGCCGGUUGGCCGGCGCCGCUAUGUGCGCAAGCAGCUCGUGCCGCUACUCUACAAGCAAUUUGUGCCUGGAGUGCCCGAGCGGACCCUGGGCGCCAGUGGGCCAGCCGAGGGAAGGGUGGCAAGGGGCUCCGAGCGCUUCCGAGACCUCGUGCCCAACUACAACCCCGACAUCAUCUUCAAGGAUGAGGAGAACAGUGGCGCCGACCGUCUGAUGACUGAGCGUUGUAAGGAGAGAGUAAAUGCGUUGGCCAUUGCCGUAAUGAACAUGUGGCCCGGAGUGCGCCUACGAGUGACUGAGGGCUGGGACGAGGACGGCCACCACGCUCAGGAUUCACUCCACUACGAAGGCCGUGCUUUGGACAUCACCACGUCUGACCGCGACCGCAACAAGUAUGGGUUGCUGGCGCGCCUCGCAGUGGAAGCCGGGUUCGACUGGGUCUACUACGAGUCCCGCAACCACGUCCACGUGUCGGUCAAAGCUGAUAACUCACUGGCGGUCCGGGCGGGCGGCUGCUUUCCGGGAAAUGCCACGGUGCGCCUGAGGAGCGGCGAGCGGAAGGGGCUGCGGGAACUGCAUCGCGGAGACUGGGUUUUGGCGGCCGAUGCGUCAGGCCGGGUGGUGCCCACGCCGGUGCUGCUCUUCCUGGACCGGGACUUGCAGCGCCGGGCUUCAUUUGUGGCUGUGGAGACCGAGCGGCCCCCACGCAAACUGUUGCUCACGCCCUGGCACCUGGUGUUUGCCGCUCGAGGGCCGGCGCCCGCGCCAGGCGACUUUGCACCAGUGUUCGCGCGCCGGCUACGAGCUGGGGACUCGGUGCUGGCGCCAGGCGGGGACGCGCUUCGGCCGGCGCGCGUGGCCCGCGUGGCGAGAGAGGAAGCCGUGGGCGUGUUCGCGCCGCUCACCGCGCACGGGACGCUGCUGGUCAACGAUGUCCUGGCCUCGUGCUACGCGGUUCUGGAGAGUCAUCAGUGGGCGCACCGCGCUUUUGCCCCCUUGCGCCUGCUGCACGCGCUGGGGGCGCUGCUCCCCGGCGGGGCUGUCCAGCCGACUGGCAUGCACUGGUACUCUCGGCUCCUCUACCGCUUGGCAGAGGAGCUGCUGGGCUGAGCGUCCCAGGCAUAGAAACCUCGAGGCGCCCAAGGAAACGGGGGCCUGCUGGGUGAGAUGUGGGGGUGUGGGCAGCAGAGGAAGCCAAUUGGGAGGGAAAGAGAGGGAGGGGAGGGAGAAAAUGGGGCUAUGUGGAAACUGUCUGGCUUAGGGGUAACCUCGAACUGAGAGGAGGUGAUCCCGGGUCUGAUCUGGUGUGCAUUCCUUAAGGAGGACUAUUUAGGCUCUUCUCCAGUGCCUCAGCCCCACCCGAUAAUUUUAUUUCUUAUUUAUAAAUUGUAAUAUAAUGCUCCUCAUGCCCAGCCUCCCAAGGUGACGGGCUGGGGCAUGGCAUUAACACUGUCUGACACAGCCAGCCAGUCUGACAUCUGACAUUUUCCUGCAGGUGGGCUAAUAAAGGGAAGGCUUUCGGGAGCUUAC